AUGAGCAGUGGAUUACCAGCAAGCUGGUUUACGACUCAGCUGCCCAUCAGGGGUGAGAUAGACCAACAAGAACGGGAAAGGUUAAAUCAAGAGCAUCGCGAGCGAAUUUCAAGGAUCUCAAGAGCUUCACAGAACGAGCUGGCUUUGCGCGAUGUGUUCCGGCUCAACAACGAACCGCGAGUAACGGAAUUGCAUACUAGUGGCUUGAACGCGAGACGGGCAAGUAGCCAAGACGGCGAUGAGAGCGACGAGGAUAAAAACCAGGACAAAAGCCCAAUUGCUGUGGAAACAAGCACCAACAUUGCGAAUCAUGGCGCUAGUACCGACGAAGAUGUCACGAUGUCUGAAAGUGAUGAAGGUAUAAACACAGCUCUCAUUCAGCGAUUCGAAGAGCAGGCUCACGAAAAGCUGAAUGAAUGCAUAAGAGUAAUUGAGGGCAGGCGUGAUGGCCUACUUCAAUCUUUCGAAUCUGACAAUGCUCUUCUUCAGCAAAUGCAAAGUAAUAACCUCGAGAGCACCGAUCCCGAUUUUCUUUCUAGCAUAAACAGGCUUCAGCGAAUUCGUUUGCGGGCUAUAGAGAUGGAAACUUUACAACUGCAACGCGUGAAACUGUACUUCAAGAACAGAAUGUCAGAGUUUAGGUCAUUGGUACGCAAUUAUCUUAUGGCACAAGCAAGAGGUGAGUACAUGGAAAACCCUCUUAAAGUCUCAAGAAGCAUGUUCAAGGUAUUGAACCCCCAUUUGGCCUCUGGCAGGAAGCUAGCGCUAGCGGGCAAAGGAGAUGACAUAAAUCGAAUUGACGUCAUGGGGUUGCGGGAACGACUUUUAUACCCGUUACAUCAACCCCCUGCUAAAAAGAAGUUUCCAUUGAAACAGUUACCUGCAGAAAUUUUGAGUCUAGUUCUGGAUAGGCUCUCUCAAAAGUCGGAGGUUGUCAAGUUGUUAUCCGUAUGCAAGCCUUGGGCGGAAAUAAUAGUAAAGCUAUUAUAUUACAGGCCGCACAUCAAUAAGAAGGCUCAGCUUGAAUCAUUCAUGGCUACAAUGCAGAUGCCGGCUUUUCAAACAACUUUCAACUAUCGGGCAAUGGUAAAGAGGUUAAACUUCUCAUUCGUUGGUGAUUACAUGACAGAUGACCAACUAAUACAUUUUGUCGGCUGUCCUAAUUUGGAGAGGUUGACUCUCGUCUUUUGCAAGCACAUCACAAGUUCCUCAAUAUCUCUUGUCCUUCAAGGCUGUAAGUUUUUGCAGAGCGUUGAUAUAACGGGCAUCAAAGAGGUGUCCGAUAGCAUUUUCAAUACUUUGGCUUACCAGUGCCAGCGUGUACAAGGAUUUUACGUCCCACAGGCCAGAGAUGUUUCUUUUAGUGCACUGCAUAUGUUUAUUACGCAUGCUCCAUUACUCAAAAGAGUCAAAAUUACUGCCAACGUUAAUAUGAAUGACAAUCUUGUUACUCUGUUAGCUACCCUGUGUCCUCUCCUCGUGGAAGUUGAUAUAACUCUAUCACCGAAUGUUCACGACCAGAGCCUUGUGACACUGUUUUGCCAGCUAACGCAAUUGAGGGAAUUCAGAAUAACUCAUAAUUCUAAUGUCACGGAUAAGUUUUUGAAAGAAUUAGAACUCAAGGUUGAUCAUCUGCCGGCUCUGAGACUCAUCGAUCUUUGCGACUGUGAGAACAUUACUGAUAAAACCGUUGAGAGGCUUGUCUCCUUUGCACCAAAGUUACGAAAUGUCUUUUUUGGCAAGUGCAGCCGAAUCACGGACAACUCGCUCAUACAUUUAGCGCGCCUAGGCAAAAAUCUACAGACCAUACAUUUUGGGCACUGUUUCAAUUUAACUGAUAACGGUGUAAGGGUUCUGAUUCAGUCGUGCCCACGAAUCCAGUACGUUGAUUUUGCUUGCUGUACAAAUUUGACAAACCGUACACUGUACGAACUGGCAGAUCUCACUAAGCUGAAGAGAAUCGGAUUAGUCAAAUGCUCUCAAAUGACGGAUGAGGGACUGCUAAAUAUGAUAGCUCUUCGAGGGCGCAACGAUACGCUGGAAAGGGUUCACUUAUCUUAUUGUUCGAACUUGACUAUUUAUCCGAUUUACGAGCUUUUGAUGGCUUGUCCUAAACUAUCGCAUCUUUCACUAACCGCCGUUCCUUCCUUUUUACGGUCCGACAUCACAGCAUUUUGCCGAGCUGCCCCGUCAGACUUUAGUGAUAACCAAAGACAGAUUUUCUGCGUGUUCUCAGGAAAAGGUGUCCAUAAAUUGAGACAUUACUUAAUGAGUUUGACUGCUCCUACCAACGGACCACAAACAAACGUUCGCGAAGUCUUGACCAAUUUCAUUGUUCUAAAAAGUCUAAUAAAAGAAGGUGAAGAUUUAGAAGCAGGCAUGCGAAGAGUCGCAACUGAACUGAAUCAGGAGACUCCUGCAAUUUUAGCUGCAACACAUAGUCUGACCCCACUUAAUGCUAUGAAUAACAAUGACUUCGCGUUUCAAAAUAUAAAUUUUGAGAGACUAGAAGACGUUUUUUUCUCGCUGCAGCGUGUGCCGCAGGAUAGAAUUUUAGAUGAACGUGAUGUUGACCGCCUUUUUCCUCUCAUUGAUGAAGAGUUUUGUGAGGAUCCAGAUUCGGAACAAUACGCAGGUGUAGAUGGUUGCGUUGCUCCUGAAGCAUCUGAGGAUCUCAACAGCGAACUAGCUCAAAUGGUGAGGAAGUUUCAUGACUUACAGGAGCGCGUGUGCGAUUUCGAAGUGAAUGUUGCAAGCAUGGUUAGAGUCCAGUUUCAGUUUGCGGGCGCAUUAUUAAACGAAAUGACUCAUAUUUAUUUCCAAAUGGUGGAUCUCAAUCGGUGCAUAUCUCAGAUACAAUCAAGAGUUUAUGACAUGGGUGAUGAGAAGAACCUGAAGGGGCUCACUAUCUGGCGCAUAAUAUGGCAGGAGAAAUUUGAUCACAUGCUCGAGAAGUACGAGCUGACAACUGUUGUCCUCAGACUAUAUUUGAGAGACAACGUAGCUGCAUUAACGCGACAACGAGAACUCUUUUUAGCUAGACAACGAGUACCAGUCGAUCAACAAAACAGAUUGGAGGGAGGUGAGUCUGCAUCUUCACCUCCUGACGCUAAUGCCUGGCCUGCUGACCAAGGCGAUCGGAGUAACCCUUGGAGAAGAUUUGAGAUGCGAAAUGAAAUGCGGAUGAUUCAAUUUGGACUUCGGGGACUUCCUGUUCCACACGACGAUUUGCCUCCUAUCCAGACCUUUUUCCCAAAUACCUUGGGACCCACUGAUACUUCACAGGAUGAAGAUGAAUAUUUAGAAGAUGCAUAA